GGUUGCCCUAGUGCUUACUAGAUCUUCCUGUCCUUUGCUUCUUCUUCUCGCAGCAUGCAAUGUCUCCUCGUUGACAGACGAAAUGAAGAAGAAGAAUGUAGAGUUUUUAUAGAAAAUGACUAAAUUUCUAAAUGUGGUAAUCGCUAUCCUAUCAGCAGGUUUAAUCAUUCAAUAUCUGUUUGGAUUUACAGCAUUUCUAGUGUACUGCGCAUGUCUAGUAAGUUGCUACUUGUUUCUGAAGCAAACUGGGCCUUCCCAACCGGAGGAGGAGAGUCUCUGGCUUUCUACUGUGGUCAACUUCUGCCAGAACUUUGGCCGAAAUAUACCCGACAAGUGUGGCAAAGUCGUCAAAGCAGACGGCUCGAAAGGAAACCUAUAUCCGAAUUUGAACUGGAGCAAUCGAAACGAAAAACUUUGGGACAACAAACACCGUCAAAAUACGAUUUCAUCUGUCUUGGCUGCUAUGUUUGGAGAAGGUAGGACAAGCUUCUCUUUGUUUUCACUGUUUAAGCGAAACAAUAAGGAUGGUGGGGCCUCGAAAACGCCUUCGUCUUCCGAUGGGAUCCGCUAUAUUAGUCGGAAGAGAAACCUCAACAAAAGAAGUACUGCAGUUGACGGUGAUUUGCCUGGUUCAUCUCCGAUGGCGAGAUGCACAGCCUACACACCGAUGUCUCCCAGACAUCACCAGCGACAUAGAAACAGAAGCACUAAUAUGAACACACCUAACGAACAAUUAAGGACUAACAGCGGUGGUGGGAAAUUCCGUAGUCCUGGUACCAACAGUGGUAAUAGGACUUAUCUCUUGUCGCCGCUCCCUCGUUUCCAUAGAACAGCACCAGAAAUGCAAGAAAGGCCAGUAAUAAGUCCAGUUGGUUUCACCCCUCAUGCCUUGCAACGACCAGAAGUCUGUUACCCUUCCAGAAGUGUACCAGGUGUCCUACCACUUGUCAAUCUAGAAAAGAAAAUCAAGAUUCCACUUCUUGAGACAAAUGUCAACAAAUUACGGAGUCCAGUGACUGUUCGGAUUGCACCACCGGAAACUGGAGCCAUCCAUAGUCCAAAGUUUACUUCUCUGAAACAUGAUAUACCAACCGCAACUAGUCCUGGAGAUGUCUUGACUGCACUACGAGAAGGCAGCCGAAAACGGGCCAACACUGAAGAGGAGUCGGUGAUCAUGAUUAACAGCUUGAAUGCUAAAAGGCGGCGUCAAGAAAGUAACCAUUCUACUGCUUCAUCUUCCUCAUCUAUACCGUCACUCUCUGAUUUCCUUCCGGAUCUUGCCCUGUGUAACUUCUCACCAAGCUACAUGUCCCCUGACACCGCACGCUACAUGUCAUCACCAGCUGUUUCGGCAGCCAUGUCCGUUGACGAAAGUGGCAGUGGCGGCGGCGGCGGCACCGGCAGCAGCAAGCGUCCAGCAGCCUAUUGUCUUCAUUCUCCAAAUUCAGAAGGGUCACCAAAUCUAAAACGUUCUCGUUACAGAUCCAAAAAUAACCCUAUUCUAAGUUCAUUGAGUUCGAGCCACCGGUAUAUGAAACGGCAGAAAGAAAUUCGAAAGCGCAAGCUUUCUGACUCAGCUGAUGAUGGUUCCUUCCAGCAUCUGAGACAAUCCAAGGAAAACUAUGAGGACAUUUCUGAACUAGAAACAGAGAAACCUCUUGGCAAAGUUAUGAAACCAAGCCUGGACCUAUCAGGGAAAGAAGACAGUCUUGUAGACACCUCAUCAGAGAAACUACCUGAACACACACCUCAGUUAACAAGUAACACAAGUCCUGGGGAAAGUAAAAAAACUGCAGCAGAUCUCCCUAGGAGGAAGCUUUUAAGUUUUACCACACCAGGUGUUAAUUUGGACAAACUAUCAUAUGCUAAUGUUUACGCAACCAAGCAAGAUUAUGAGAACGACCGCAAAGCUGAACAGGAGAGGGUUGAAAAGAUGCUGGAUAGUAUUGCCAAUGACAAGGCUUCAAAUACAGACAAAGACCUCAUGAUUGCAAAGACAGGCAUUGAGAUCUCUAAAAACUUAAUUUCUUCUACAAAAUCUCUGGAAACUUCUACCAGCAAAUCCUCAACAGAUGCCAGUCAAACAACUGCAACCACUUCUGGCUCUUUGUCUCUGUCUUCUCCAUCAUCCCUUCUCUCAUCAGCUGCACCAGCAGCAACAACAACAACAACCACUACAACAGCCUGGUCUGUAACAGCAUCGUUGUCGCCUAAGUCCAUAGCAACUACUACAACUCUCACUUCAUCACCAUCAUCAUCAGAACAGCCCACCCGCCUCACAUCCAACACUACAUCAAUCAAUUCCAUGAUCACACCCUUACCUUCAUUAUCAACGUCAGUUUAUCCAAAGGCUUCAGAUGCCAAACUCACAGCACCAUCAUCAUCAUCAUCGCCGUCGUCGUCAUCAUCACCAACCUCACAAAUCCAGAUGAAAAGCAAUUUUCCAUUCAACUCAAAAGUGACGAGUCCUUCAAGUUCAACAACAGCACAGCCUAGUGUAUCUCUAACUGCUCCCCAACCGAGCACAACUUGUACAACUGUCAGCAGUUCCAGCCUUCCAGGAACCAGUUCGAAUUCUGGUUUUCAAUUUAUUAUCACAUCCAGUCCAAAUGUUACAGCUGCCCCUACAGGAUCUUUUCCUGCUAACGUCAGCUCCCCAUUUAGUGCACCCAGUGCCUCUCUGAGUGUGCCACCUGUCUCCCCAGUUUCUUCUCCAUUGUCAACUCCAUCAGCCACCACUACUAUUGAUGCCAUGAAGUCUCCAUCCUCUUCCACUUCGGCCCCUUCAACUGCAGGUUUUUCUGUCAGUCCAAAAGCAGGCUUUGCGUUUCCUACAACCAUUGGAAAUCUUUUUGGUGCAGGUACUUCUGUCGUGAGCUCAGCCGCCACAACCCCAGCGGCUGCACAGAAAGUAGAUGCAACGAAUGCAUCGCCUGCCAGUUUCCCGUCUUUUAAAGCAGACACUAGUCCGAGUACCGGCUCAAAUGUCAUUUCAACCUCAGCAACAAACACAUCAGGAUUAUUUGUAUUUGGAAAUGCUGCAGCCAGCCAGAAUGAGCCAACCAGCAACACUGCAGCUGCAUCUUCUGUUGCAUUUGGUGCACCAAACACUACCCCUGCAAAAUUUGUCUUUAAUGCAUCCUCUAAUACUACCACCAUUACUAGCACUACUACUACUGCCACUACUACAACAGCUGCCUUUGGGGGGUUCUCAUUACCCUUUGGAACCUCCUCUUCUACUGCUGCUCCUGUCUUUGGAGCUUCCACUUCUACCGCUGCUCCUGUCUUUGGAGCCUCCACCUCUACUGCUGCUCCUGUCUUUGGGGCCUCUACUUCUACUGCUGCUCCUGUCUUUGGAGCCUCCACCUCUUCCACUACCCCUGUCUUUGGAGCCUCGACUUCUGCCACUGCUCCUGUCUUUGGAGGCUCCACUUCUUCUACUGCUCCUGUCUUUGGAGCCUCCACUUCUACCACUACUCCUGUCUUUGGAGCCUCCACUUCUACCACUACUCCUGUCUUUGGAACCUCCUCUUCUUCAGCUACUCCUGUCUUUGGAGCCUCCACUUCUACGACUACUCCUGUCUUUGGAGCUUCCACAUCUGCCGCACCUUCUAUCUUUGGAUCUUCCACUUCUACCACUGCCCCUGUUUUUGGAGCUGUUUCUUCUACCACUGCUCCUGUCUUUGGAUCAUCUACUACCUCUGCACCUAUCUUUGGUACUUCUACAACCAAAACUUCACAAGUAUUUGGUGCUUCCCCUUCUGCAGCUGCCCCUAUUUUUGGCUCUCCUUCAACUGCUACUUCAUCUGGUCUAGGUACAUCUACAUCAUCUAUCUUUGGGGCUUCCACCUCCUUACCUGCACCUGUUUUCAGAGUUCCUUCUUCUACCGUGUCCUCCAUCUUUGGGUCUUCAAGCACCACCACAGCAACACCAGCAGCAACCAACACUACAGCGACAACUGCUGCAGCAGCACCAUCUUCAAAUUCUAUCUUUAAAGUACCUCAAACGGCUGCAGCAUCACCAAUCUUUGGUGGCUCUAGCAUCGUCAGCACUGCUACUGUCUUUGCUACACCAGCUACAGCACUGAACAUCUUCAGCACACCUACAGCCACCGCAAGCUCUGCGUUUGGUGCACCCAGCAUGGUUGCAUCUACAAAGACGCUUUCCUCGACAACCAAACCUGCUGCUGCAGCCAUAUUCUCAAACCCUUCCACAUUUGGCAGCUUCAAAGAUGCAUCUCAGACAGGCCAGGCCCAAGCUGCUGCUCCUUCAGCCACCACAAAUGUUUUCGGCUCCAAUACUUCCAGCCCAUCUGCUGGGUUUAAUUUUGCUCUUAUCAAUUCCACAAGUAAACCUCCUUCGAGUAUAUUUGGCUCAGCUAAUGCACAGUCUCCAACACCAGCUGUCAUCUUUGGCAGUAGUGGACAACAACAACAACAGCAGCAGCAGCAGCAGCAAAAGCCUGACCAGAAGUUUAAUUUCGCUCUCAAUUCCAACAGCGGAAGUCAAGUUCCUUUUGGGAAUCAACCAACUCCUUUUAGAUCUGGGUUUGAAAGCAAACCCAGCAUCUUCAGUGGCCAGCCAGGUGCUGCAGAAUCGACUGCCGUUAAACCCCCAGCUAUUUUCGGUCAAGUGCCUAACACCACUGCUGCCACUGGACCCGCUGCAAGCAUGGCAAAGCCAUUGUUUGGACCACUCAAUACUCCUGGGUUUGCAGCAACACCCAAUGCUCAGUCAGGUGGUAACCCGGCCAUAUUCGGUGGGCCAGUUGCUACAGCAACUGCCACAACAAAACCAGCCGAUGGAGCUAAUGCCCAAAAUACAAAGAUAUUCACUUUUGGUAAGACUCCAAGCACCCAGUCUGGUACUAGCCAAGGUUAUGACUUCAGCGCUUCCAUGGCAGGGACUUCACAGUUUAAUUUUGGUCAAACAACUGCAAUGUUCAAUGUCGGUUCAGGAAGUACAGCCCCGAAAAUGAGAUCUAAUAACAAAGCUCGACGGCGUGGUGGUAAAAAAUAACUUGGUGCAAAGGAAACCAGAUUGGGAUUUGAAGUAUGUUCCACCCGACAGCAUAUUGAAAGCCUGUUUGUUCGUAGGCUUUUCUAACCAAUGUAAAUUGCUGUUGGUGGCGGUGGUGACGGUGGCGGUGGUGUUGCAGGCAAUGAGUUUGUUUGUUUCAUUUGUGAACUUACUGCUACAGUGCAUCUAUACUGAUCGUAUUUUCUGUCACUGUUGUUGCAGAACGGGAAUGUGAGUGGUCAGUGUAUUUAGAUCCCUACUUGAAAGGUUCAGGUGAAGAAUGUCAACAAAAAAAAAAAAAAAAAAAAAAAAAAAAAAAAAAAGAAAAGAAAUACGUACACACACACACACACACACACACACACCUAACACAAACAUACAGAUGCAUCACCACCUAAGAAAUGAAUUUUGGUAAGGCAAUAAAUCUGAUGAGAAAUGUUAUUCCAUGUACAAAACUUUGUUUAUGGUUUAAAGAUUAAAUGUGAGAAACGGUAUGCCACUAUAUUCCGUACUGCUAACAGAUGCAUCAUUUUAAGGACUUAAAGGACAUUUUUAAGCAAAUACCAAGGAAAACCCGAAGACCUCACAUGACUAAGACAUUUAACCAGAUCAAUAGGAUUAUAAUAGUAUCCAUUUUUAUAUGUUUUAUUUUUCUUUCUUUUUCUGUCCUUCUUUCUCUCCAUAAAUUUAUUAAGCAUUAA